AUGGAUCAGGAAGCCAUCUUGCAACAUUUUGCCAAGACGGUGAUGAAUCUUAGCAGUGCUUGGGAGACCCUGGCGAAGGACGAACCUCCGCUGUGCAUUGCAGUUCGACGCCCAGAGUCACCUCUGCACCACUAUGAGACGGUUGAUGUGGAUGGAAAUGGCGAAAUCGACUUCGAAGAAUUCUGCGCUUGCAUGAGGAGGUCUCAGAACAUUGCAAAGUCUACGAAUGAAGAGCUUGUAAAGGAAUGUUUUGAUAUAUUUGACCAAGAUCACAAUGGAAUAAUUACAGAAAGCGAGUUCAAGUACAUUGCAAAGGAGUUUGGCGGCUUUACUGAGGAGCUGGCAGAACGGAUUUUCCGCGAACUGGAUGUUUCCGCAAACGGACAUUUAUCUGCAGAUCAGUUUGCAACAAUUGUCGACGACUAUCUCCUGUCUGAUGCAAGCAAAUGCGAACUUGGCGAGGAGUGA